CUUGGGAAACGAAAGUGAGGGAGGAGCCGGCGCUCUGGCAGCAGCAGGGCCGGGCCCGGUGGCGGCGGCGGCAUUGGUGGCCUGACCACCCCCCCUCUCCGCUCCCUGGCAGCUUGCCCUCUCCCCUCAGUAAUUCCUGCUCUGAUCCUAGUGACUCUGACAUGAGCAGCCCACUGUCUGGAUUUAUGGUUGCAGUAACAAUGAAGAGGAGAAAUGACCCAGAAUGCACUGCCCCUAUCAAGAAACAGAAGAAAAGAGUUGCAGAGCUUGCCCUGAACCUCAGCUCUACGUCUGAUGAUGAACCGCCCUCCUCUGUCAAUCAUGCAGCAAAAGUAUCUACCACAAGCCUCAGUGGGUCUGACAGUGACACCGAGGGGAAGCAGCGCAGCUCUGACUCUUUUAAUGAUGCAUUCAAAGCAGACUCUCUCGUGGAGGGAACUUCUUCUCGCUAUUCCAUGUACAACAGCGUCUCCCGUAAGCUUAUGGCCAAGAUGGGCUUCAAGGAAGGUGAAGGAUUAGGUAAACACAACCAGGGUCGGAAGGACAUCGUUGAAGCCUCUAAUCAGAAAGGUCGGAGAGGCUUGGGUCUGACCUUGCAAGGCUUUGACCAGGAGUUGAAUGUGGACUGGCGAGAUGAGCCGGAGCCCAGCGCCUGUGAGCAGGUGUCAUGGUUCCCAGAAUGCACCACUGAGAUUCCUGACACGCAGGAAAUGAGUGAUUGGAUGGUUGUGGGAAAGCAAAAGAUGAUUAUUGAAGACGAAACCGAGUUUUGUGGGGAAGACCUGCUUCACAGUGUGCUGCAGUGUAAGAGCGUGUUCGAUGUCCUGGACGGGGAGGAGAUGCGGCGAGCGCGGACCCGGGCCAAUCCCUACGAGAUGAUCCGAGGAGUCUUCUUCCUAAACAGGGCGGCAAUGAAGAUGGCUAACAUGGAUUUUGUGUUUGAUCGCAUUUUUACAAAUCCACGGGACUCCUACGGGAAACCCCUGGUGAAGGACCGGGAAGCUGAGCUUCUGUACUUUGCUGACGUCUGUGCCGGCCCAGGUGGCUUCUCAGAGUACGUGCUGUGGAGGAAGAAGUGGCACGCGAAGGGCUUUGGAAUGACUCUGAAGGGCCCAAAUGACUUCAAGCUGGAGGACUUCUACUCAGCCUCCAGCGAACUCUUUGAACCUUACUACGGCGAGGGUGGGGUCGAUGGAGAUGGAGACAUCACCCGCCCUGAGAACAUCACUGCUUUCCGGAAUUUUGUCCUGGAUAACACGGAUCGAAAGGGAGUCCACUUUCUGAUGGCCGAUGGGGGUUUCUCCGUGGAGGGACAGGAGAACCUGCAAGAGAUCCUGAGCAAGCAGCUGCUGCUCUGUCAGUUCCUCAUGGCGCUCUCUGUGGUCCGGACAGGAGGCCACUUCAUCUGUAAAACCUUUGAUCUGUUCACACCAUUCAGCGUGGGGCUCAUCUACCUGCUGUACUGCUGCUUUGAACGAGUGUGUCUAUUUAAGCCGAUUACCAGCCGUCCGGCCAACUCAGAGAGGUAUGUGGUGUGCAAGGGCCUGAAGGUGGGCAUAGAUGAUGUGCGGGAGUACCUCUUCUCAGUCAAUAUUAAACUCAACCAGCUGCGAAACACUGGUUCCGAUGUCAACCUUGUGGUCCCUCUGGAAGUGAUCAAGGGAGACCAUGAAUUUACUGACUACAUGAUACGGUCCAAUGAGAGACACUGUAGUCUGCAGAUCAAAGCUCUGGCCAAAAUCCAUGCCUUUGUUCAAGACACGACCUUGAGUGAGCCUCGGCAGGCAGAGAUCCGGAAACAGUGCCUUCGGCUUUGGGAGAUCCCAGACCAGGCUCGAGUUGCUCCUUCUUCCUCAGACCCGAAAUCUAAGUUCUUUGAGCUAAUUCAGGGCACUGAGAUUGACAUCUUCAGCUAUAAGCCCACGUUGCUCACCUCCAAAACCUUGGAGAAGAUCCGCCCAGUGCUCGACUACCGCUGCAUGGUGUCUGGCAGUGAGCAGAAGUUCCUCCUUGGCCUGGGGAAGUCACAGAUCUACACGUGGGAUGGCCGCCAGUCAGACCGCUGGGUCAAGCUGGACCUGAAGACAGAGCUACCCCGGGACACUCUGCUCUCUGUGGAGAUUGUCCAUGAGCUGAAAGGGGAGGGGAAGGCCCAGCGAAAAAUUAGUGCGAUCCACAUCCUUGAUGUCCUCGUGCUGAAUGGCAGCGACGUGCGGGAGCAGCACUUUAACCAGAGAAUUCAGCUCGCUGAGAAAUUUGUGAAAGCUGUUUCCAAGCCUAGUCGGCCCGACAUGAAUCCCAUCAGGGUGAAGGAGGUGUACAGGCUGGAGGAAAUGGAGAAGAUUUUUGUCAGGUUAGAGAUGAAGAUCAUCAAGGGCUCCAGUGGCACACCGAAGCUCAGCUACACAGGGCGGGACGACCGGCACUUUGUGCCCACUGGCCUCUACAUCGUCAGGACCGUGAAUGAGCCAUGGACUAUGAGAAUCAGCAAAAGCUUUAAGAGGAAGUUCUUCUACAACAAGAAAACUGGAACCUCUACCUAUGAGCUCCCUCCAGACUCCAUUGCCCCAUUUCACAUCUGCUACUAUGGCCGGCUCUUUUGGGAGUGGGGAGAUGGCAUCCGUGUACAUGACUCCCAGAAGCCCCAGGACCCAGACAAGCUGUCCAAGGAAGACGUCCUCUCCUUCAUCCAGAUGCACAGCGCCUGAGGACCCAGGGACGCCCACUCCUGCAGCAUGCCCUGUUGUCCGGAGUCUGCGUGCUCUGCCUGGGGCACACAGUGCCGGUUCCUUCAUCCUCGGAAAGGGAGGGAACACAGUCACUGCAGCCUGGCCACGAGGAGUGGGUGGUCUCCUCUCCAUCUCCCCUGAAGAGUUCAUUUGGGGGCCUUCUGAGGACACUCAGAGGUUCCUUCUUGGACCCGUUUUAGACUUCCCUCCCCAGAGACCCGCCUGGGAACUGUCUCCCCUGCCAGGACUCGGCCUGAGAGAUGCUGCUCCUGCGGCGGGUUUGCGGUCAGGGCCCAGGGCACGUGGGGCUGGUGAGGGCCACGUUGGAGAGCCCAGGGCCGUAGCUCUGUUUUCUCCUGUAUCCUGUAGACUCACUUUUCUGAGUUCCAUGCACUGCCCUGAGGGCAGCCAUUGCCCAGCUUUGCCCAACUUUUUACUGGGCCACCACUGAGUGGGUGAAGGCCCACUGUCGUGAGCUGGCCGGGAGCAGCUGCUGUACAAAUCAAGGUUUUGUUUCUUUGAACUUGCUCUGUUUUGAUGCCAAGUUGGAGAUUUUCUUGUCUCAUCCUACACCGUCUUGGUCUUUCCUGGAAUUCUUCGCAGCCUAGACCUCUGACAGUCCCGCAGGCCGGGAAGGGAGGUGUGAGGGCCCUAGGUCCCUGAUACCACAUCAGGAUGCAGGUAGCACCGCCUUUGGUUGUGUGUGUGACUGCUUCCUUGGGUGAUAGAGGCUUCCUGGGCCCCAUCCCCUUUGGACCUGAACCGUGGGCAGCUGUGGAAGGGGAGGGAGCAUCCUUAAAGCCUUGCUUUUCUCUGUGGCCCCACUGGAACAGAUGGUACCUUUUGGUGGUGGAGGGGGAGUGUUUGCACCCCACCCUCUGGCAGUUGUGACAACCUCAUUUGCCACAGCCACCUUGCUACCCUUCCCCCUCUUCAUUCCCCAGCAGGGGGUACAGUCACUCUGUCAUUUUAUGGUCACUAUUUCCUCUGUGGUGGUGGAGGGGGAAGAGGGAAAGCUGGGCAGUAGCUUUGGGUGGGGAGGAUGCCUGUCAGAUGUUUGUAUAGGCUCCCUAGGGCCCCACCCCAGUGCUAGACUGGUUUCCAUGGAUAGGGUACUGAGGCUCCCUGUGAGGUUGUGAUUGGCUCCACCUGGGUGGGGCGGGUCUCCAGCCAGCAUCCAGUCAUCAUGUGUCCUGUCCCCGUACCGUCCCCCCCGUCCCCCCCC